AGCAGGAAGAGCAAAUGGGUGUCAUGCAUUUAAUACUAAAUCAUUAAACAUAAGAUGCCGAUAGCCAAUUGUGGAUGGGUUUAGGGUGGUCUGGUAGUAGCCCAUCACUUGCUCUUGCCUGACAGGAUGAUUAAUCUCUCUGCCCCAGCCCCAGCCCCAGCCCCGCGAACCAUUUAUCGGGCUAACUGCUCCCAAACUUCUCCCAAUCCCAAAUCCAAUACCAAUCCAGUUCUCACUUCAUCCUUCCGGAGUUCCCGACGUAGCCCUAGCUCUAGCUCUAGGCUUAAAACAAGCUAUGCUCUCCUUUUCCUGUCCACGGAGUACGCCAUGGUGGCCUUCACCCCUUUGUUCCCUUCCUUCUGCUUGCUCUCAAUUAUCAACACCACUCAUUAGUUGCCGAAAAGAUCAAAAUCUCCAUGAAAGUUGCUGCCAGCUUCGUGCUCCAUGUCCGGUUAGGGCUUCUUCAAACGAUGCUUCCGAAUCUCUCUUUCCCCAGAGUGAAUUGCAGAGCCCGAGCUUCUUAGAGUUCAUCACGUCAGAGAGAGUGAAAGUGGUCUCCAUGCUAGGCCUGGCUCUCGCCCUUUGUAAUGCCGAUCGUGUGGUCAUGUCUGUAGCCAUUGUUCCCCUUUCACUGGCUCAUUCCUGGACCCAGUCUUUCUCUGGGAUCGUUCAGUCAUCCUUCUUAUGGGGGUAUUUGAUGUCGCCCAUAGUUGGAGGGGCUUUGGUGGAUUACUAUGGUGGUAAGCUGGUCAUGGCAUGGGGCGUUACCCUGUGGUCGAUGGCCACAUUCCUUACUCCUUGGGCUGCGGAGACUUCUUUAUGGGCUCUUCUUGCUAUGAGAAUCCUUCUUGGUGCUGCUGAAGGAGUUGCACUCCCUAGCAUGAACAACAUGAUCUCAAGAUGGUUUCCUAAAACAGAACGAUCUAGGGCUGUUGGAAUUGGUAUGGCUGGAUUUCACCUUGGCAGUGCGAUUGGACUUUUGAUAUCACCCAUCAUCAUGGCAAGGGCUGGAAUAUUUGGACCUUUUGUGAUAUUUGGGUUAUUUGGGUUUCUUUGGGUGCUGGUAUGGCUCUCUGCGACAUCAAGCAGUCCUGAUAGGCAUCCACAAAUAUCCAAUUAUGAGUUGCACUAUAUCAUCAACAACCGGACGACACCAUUGCCUCAGGAAAAAGAAUUUGGAAAAUCCAGAGUAAUCCCUCCUUUUAAGAAAUUGCUCUCCAAGAUGCCAACAUGGGCUUUGAUUUCUGCAAAUGCUAUGCACAGCUGGGGAUACUUUGUAAUGCUUUCCUGGAUGCCUAUCUACUUCAACACGAUUUUUCGUGUAGACCUCAGACAAGCUGCAUGGUUUAGUGCACUUCCAUGGGCUAUGAUGGCAAUUUUAGGGUAUGCUGCUGGCACUAUAUCAGACAUGUUAAUACGAAGUGGUGUUACGGUUACAUAUACACGGAAAGUCAUGCAGUCGAUUGGAUUUGUUGGCCCUGGGAUUGCACUUCUUGGUCUUAAUGUAGCUAAGGACCCUUCUGUGGCUUCAGCUUGGCUUACAGCAGCUGUUGGAUUAAGUUCUUUUAGCCAUUCUGGCUUUUUGGUGAACCUUCAGGAGAUAGCACCCAAUUUUGCUGGCGUCCUGCAUGGAAUGUCAAACACUGCUGGAACAUUGGCUGCAAUAGUUGGAACCAUUGGAGCGGGUUUUUUUGUGGAGAAAAUGGGUUCCUUUCAGGGUUUCUUAGUGCUCACCUCUCUGUUAUAUAUGGCCUGUGCUCUCUUUUGGAACCUAUUCGCCACUGGAGAGCAAGUUAAUUUUGAUAAUGAGAUUAAUACAUGAUACUUCCAAACGUUGUCUGCCUACUGUUGUAUUGCAUGUAUUUCCUUUUAUUCAAUGCAUUGUUUGCUGGUGGUCUUUGAUAA